AUGCCUCCCUCUCAACGACGCAGAAGACCAGUCGAAGACGACGAGUCGGAAGAGGAAGUGCCUCAUCGCAGACAGCGCCGCGAUAACGACGACUCGGAGGAUGCUGGGGAAGAUGCAGAGAACGGCGAGGCCAGCCCGGACGACCAGCUCGCCAAGAAAUUGGUGCGCUACGCCCUCGCGUGCGAGUUUUCUCGGACCCCGAUCCGCCGAGAUGGUAUCAAGGAGCGAGUUCUCGGAGACCAGGGUAGAGCCUUCAGGAAAGUCUUCGAUUUGUCGCAGCAACAGCUCCGGACAGUCUGGGGCAUGGAGCUGCGUGAACUCGCAGUCAGGGAGAGAUAUACAAUGGCAGAGAAGCGACAAGCAUUGAAAUCCGGUUCCCAAGCUAAGACCAGCUCCGGCGUCUUCGUCCUCUCCACAACACUUCCCUCCCAAUACCGCAAUACCACGAUCCUCGCUCCCUCAAAAGCCCCAAGCGCCGAGAUCGAAGCGUCCUACAUCGGCUUCUAUUCUAUGAUCAUAUCCAUAAUCUUGCUUAGCAGCGGCGAGCUGUCCGAUCAGAAGCUGCGGCGGUAUCUCAACAGAGUCAACGCCGAGGCCAACGUGGCCGCCGAUAAGACGGAAGAUGUUCUUAAGCGGAUGCAGGCUCAGGGAUAUGUAGUUCGCAAGGUGCAGAAGAACCCGGCCUCGCAGGCGAACGACGGCAGCGAGGACAUCACAUGGCUGGUGGGACCUCGUGGCCAAGAGGAAAUCGGCAUCGACGGCGUUGCGGGCAUGGUGCGAACGGUUUACGGCGAGCAGGCGGACGAGGCGCUUGAGAGGAAACUUGGGGCGAGUCUGGGGAUCGAGGCGGUGGAUGCAGAUGGUGACGCCGACAUGUCGCAGGCUCCUGAGGCCGGACCAUCACACUGA